GCGCGGAGCCGCCGCGGGCCGGGCCCAUCCCGCAGCAGCGGCCCCGGGGCCAAGCAGGGGCGAGGCGCGAAGGGAGAGGCGCCGAGCGGGACCGGGAGCGCGGCCAGAAUGGUGCUAGAAGGAAACCCUGAAGUGGGGUCUCCCCGAACCUCAGACCUCCGGCAUCCAGGGACCCAGGGCUCUUGUGUCCUCUCUUCUCCUGGUGAAGAUGCACAGCCAGGCGAGGAGCCCAUCAAGUAUGGCGAACUCAUCGUCCUGGGAUGCUGUGAGGAAGGAGGUGAGGAAACCGAGGCUCAGAGAGGGGAAGUGACUGGUCCAAGGGCACACAGCUGCUACAACGGGUGUCUGGCAAGUGGGGACAAGGGCCGCCGGAGAAGCCGCCUGGCACUGAGCCGCCGGCCCCAUGCCAAUGGCGUGAAGCCUGACGUUAUGCACCACAUCUCCACACCGCUCGUCUCCAAGGCACUGAGUAACCGCGGCCAGCACAGCAUCUCGUACACGCUGUCCCGGAGUCACUCGGUCAUCGUUGAGUACACGCACGACAGUGACACGGACAUGUUCCAGAUCGGCCGCUCCACAGAGAACAUGAUCGACUUUGUGGUAACAGACACAUCCCCCGGGGGAGGGGCUGCCGAGGGCCCCUCAGCCCAGAGCACCAUCUCCCGCUACGCCUGCCGCAUCUUGUGUGACCGCCGGCCGCCCUAUACUGCCCGCAUCUAUGCCGCUGGCUUCGAUGCCUCCAGCAACAUCUUCCUUGGAGAGCGGGCGGCCAAGUGGCGGACUCCCGACGGCCUGAUGGACGGCUUAACCACCAAUGGGGUCCUGGUGAUGCACCCAGCAGGCGGCUUCUCGGAGGACUCAGCCCCGGGUGUCUGGAGGGAGAUAUCCGUCUGUGGGAACGUGUACACUCUGAGGGACAGCCGCUCUGCACAGCAGCGAGGGAAGCUGGUGGAAAAUGAGUCCAAUGUGCUGCAGGAUGGCUCCCUCAUUGACCUGUGUGGGGCCACUCUGCUGUGGCGCACGCCGGCGGGGCUGCUGAGGGCCCCCACACUGAAGCAGCUGGAGGCCCAGCGGCAGGAGGCGAACGCGGCACGGCCCCAGUGCCCUGUGGGCCUCAGCACCCUGGCCUUCCCGAGUCCGGCCCGGGGCCGCACAGCACCCGACAAGCAGCAGCCCUGGGUCUACGUCCGGUGUGGCCACGUCCACGGCUACCACGGCUGGGGCUGCAGGAGAGAGCGGGGCCCCCAGGAGCGCGAGUGUCCUCUCUGUCGCCUCGUGGGGCCCUACGUCCCCCUGUGGCUUGGCCAGGAGGCAGGCCUCUGUCUGGACCCUGGGCCACCGAGCCAUGCCUUUGCACCUUGCGGCCAUGUGUGUUCGGAGAAGACUGCCCGCUACUGGGCCCAGACGCCGCUGCCCCACGGCACCCACGCUUUCCAUGCUGCCUGCCCCUUUUGUGGGGCCUGGCUCACCGGCGAGCAUGGCUGCGUCCGCCUCAUCUUCCAGGGGCCGCUGGACUAGGCUCCCCUGGGGCCCCGGCUGCCACGCCCACCUGCCCACCUAGAUCCCCCACCUCCUGCAGCCCAGAGGGAGCUCUGCAUGUGGGACUCGACCAUAGCCACACCAGAUGGACAUGUUGGAUGGAUGGGCUGUGCUCCUCCCCUCUUAACUCUGGUCCCUGAAACCCCUACCCCGGUCAGAAUGACGGGGCCCUUAGCACCAGCUCUGUCCCGGGCUGAUGGAGGGAAGCCCAUCCCUGUGCCCUGGCCCUUCCUGGGGUGUCCCACAUCAUGCCGCCUACACUGUGUCCCUGGGGGCGUGAAGGGGCCAUGGGUUCCUGACCCCCAGCUUAGGCUGGCCGUGCCCUGAGCCUGCCGACCCAGCUCCAGAUACCCUGCUGCUGCCCUGGGUUCCUCUAUAAAUCUCGCUGCUCAGCCUGCCCUCACAGAUCCCGCGUGUCCGGCAUGCGUGCGGUGCUGCCAGCCCCUGCAUGAGUGAGGGGUGGGCAGCAGGCCGGGGCCAGCAUCUGCUGGUACCCACUCCAGGCUGGACUCCACGCCACGUGGGCUCUGGGGACUCAGAGACGAUCAGACUUGGUUCUCUGCCCGGUGGAAGGCACAGUCUAGUGGACGACAGACCCGAUUACCGAAUGACAACACGGUUUCCUGGGCACCAGGAUCAGAGAAUCAUCAAGGGCUGCAGAGCUGGUCUCCCAAGCAGGCGGGAGAGUGAGGGAGGCUCGAGUGGGAACUCCCUACAGGAAGGGGAGGGUGCUCUGGGCAGGGGGGAGGCUGAGCACAGGCGAGGGUGUCAGGAAGCAGGGACCUGAGUGAGGGGCCGGAGAAGGGGCUGUAGAGGGCAGAAAGAGGGCUGGAGCAAGAGGUUGGGGCUGCCCUGAUGGGGAAGAUGCUGGAUGGAGGCUUUGGAACCUCGUUUGUGGACAGUCAGGAGCCGGGGGGCGGGGAGGGGACUCGGGGUCCCGGAGUGCUGGCUGUGACAGAAGGGCCACUAUUACCAAGUGCCCACCGUGCCCUUCACUGUGCUGCUGCUGCUAAUAACUAUCUAUUAACUAACCAGAA